AAAAAGUAUAUGCUAAAGUUAAGCUUCAAAGGUUUUGCUAUUUCUUAAAGCUUUAUGAUGCAUAUAUAGUUCUUUUUCAACUAGCUAUAAAGGAACCACCAGACAGCAAUCAAAAGAUAAGUAUCAAACAAAAAAAAGAUUCUGGAAUUCCUCUUGGCAUUACUGCACCAUUCAGAUCUAUUUGUGGAUGGGUUGGAUAUAAAAUGAAAUUAUUUCUUCAAAUUAAAUCCAGAGGAGAGAGAAGAAUCUGGACAGCUAUAUGCCAUAUUAGAUUUAUUCUGAAUGAAAGUUUAGCAACAAUAAAACAGCUUGUGAAUUUGAGUGCUUCACCACAUUUUUUUCAAUUACUAUCUGAUAAAGACUUCAAUAAUUUUUUAAUUUUAAUUGCAAAUGGAAAACCA